ACUUCCUCGUCGAUUUCCCGAAUUGGGGAGAGAAAGGCGAAAGCUUUCUAGGGCUCGCAGUGUGCUAGGGUUUCGAAAUUGCUCGAAUGGAUCGGUGGACGAGUCUCCAUUGCUCUCCCGAGACCUCUUGCCCCGAUUCAAGUAGCAAGGUGCAACAAGAAGUUAAAGACUCUAUGGCUGUGCGAAAAGGGCAGAAAGCUGACCGUGAAAAAUUGAGGAGGGAGCGGCUGAAUGAACAAUUUUUCGAGUUGGGAAAGGUGCUAGACCCGGAACGUCCGAAAAACGACAAGGCGACUGUCCUUUCGGAUGCAAUUCAAAUGCUUAAGGACUUGACUGCUCAAGUCGACCGAUUGAAAGCUGAAUAUAUGACACUCUCUGAAGAAUCAAAGGAGCUGACCCAAGAAAAAAAUGAGCUCAGAGAAGAAAAGGCAAAGAUUAAAUCCGAUAUUGAUAAUCUGAAUGCUCAGUAUCAACAAAGGCUCAGGGUAAUGUUUCCUUGGGGCGCAAUGGACCAUUCGGUCAUAAUGGGUCAUCCGCCAUCAUAUCCAUUUCCGGUGCCGGUUCCAAUUGCCUCUGGUCCAAUUGCUAUUCAUCCAUCUAUGCCUCCUUACCAUUACCUCCGUGGUCCGAAUCCUGGAGCUUAUCCUGCUUAUACGCCAUAUUCAACCACUUCUAAUCACCAAGGUGACCAGCCAUCUAACCAACAGAAUAACCCAAACCCACCACCAAGCUGCGAACAAUCUCACGACACAUCUGAGAAGGAUUGUGGCAGCAAAUUGUCCGAUAAUCAUACACAAAGUGGUGCAGAAAGAAGAGAAGAUUUUAGUGAUGUUCCAACGGAAUUGGAACUCAAAACUCCUGGAUCUACUGGCCCGUCUUCUCUUUCACAAGUAGCACAUGAUCAGGAAUUGUCUUCUGAAGGAAGAGAAGGGACGAAAUUGGCUCGACGAAAAAAGUGUGUUUCCUCGGAAGGGAGCACUCCAAGUAGUUGUUCUUCUUCCUGUGAUUUGCCAGAAAGCUCUUCCUAUAGCAUAGGAGAUGGCUCUGUGGCCAACCAGUAAAAAUAUCAUCGAAACUACUGAGUUUUAAGUUAACUUAUUGCUGCAAGACUGCAGUGUGAUGUAAUACUGAGACAAUUAUCUAAAGGGGUGUGAAGAUGCACAGAUGAACUUAGUUAAAGAAUGAGCAGCUGAAGAAAUAUAGAGAAACUUUCAUAGAUUA